AUGGACUUCAUGCUUUGGAAGAAUGCCCCAGCAACCCAAAUUCUGUCCUUUAUAUGGGAGGCUUCAACCAAAUUUACGACAAUCAAAACCAAUUUCAUCAACAAAUAUGGCAGAACCAUUGAGCAACUUUUUGCUGAACAACAAGAAUUCAGCUCUGCAGAAGCACACCCUUCUUUUGAGCAGUGGAUGAAAGAUUAUGCUGCAAAGAAUAAUCAUGCUGUGCAAAAUCAGACAGCUCUACUCCAAAGUCAUAGUGCCAUGUUGAAAAGCAUUGAGAUACAAAUAGGUCAACUUGCUAAAGCAAUUAGUAGCAAACCUUUGGGGGCACUCCCUAGUGAUACUGAAUUUCCAAGGAGGGAUGAAAAAGAAGUAUGCAAAGACCUCCAAUUGAGGAAUGGCAGAGAAGUGGAUCAGCCAGAGUAUGAUAUAAGGCUGUCUACCUUGAGGAAAUUGAUAGAGAAGGAAGGACAGCAAGUGGAAGACACCCCUUCAACUCAACCUUCACUCAAUCAAACUUCACCUCAAGAGAAAGACAUGGAAGAUGAGAUUACUGCUGAACUAGAAAAGCAAGUGCCAAAAUCAAAGGCACUACAAAUCGAUAUGCAGAAUAGUGAAGUUCCUCAACAUGUAUCAAGGGCAAGAAAACUCCUCUCUCCUCAAAGACUUCAAAAACAGCAAGAGGAGCACUACCUCCCAAAUGAUUUGUCACCCAAGCUGGAAAAUUCAAGUUCUUUUACAAUUCAUUGUGCAGUAGAAGAUACGAAUAUUGGAGGAGCCUUGUGUGAUCUUGGCUCUAAUAUUAAUUUGAUGUAUACUUCUAUUGUUAACCAACUUGGAAUGGUAGCCUCUCCUACCACAAUAACUCCUCAAUUAGUUGUUAGGUCACUUGAACACCCUGAUGGAAAAAUAAAUAAUAUAUUAGUGAAAGUUUAUAGGUUUAUUUUUCCAGCAGAUUUCAUAAUACUUGAUUUUGAAGCUGCCAAGGAUGUGCCUAUUAUAUUGGAUAGGCCAUUCUUAGUUAAAUAG